AUGGCAUUCACAUUUGCCGCUCUUUGCUACCUUCUCGCGCUCAUCGCCGUUGGAUUCUGCAUUUUCUUUGCAAUCUACACAGUAAUUUGCGUCGACGAGCUGCGCACCGACUACAAGAAUCCAAUCGAGCAAUGCAGGAAUCUGAACCAGCUCAUCCUCCCAGAGUACAUCAUUCAUGGAACGUUCACUUUCCUCUUCAUUCUCAGUUGGCAACUCAUCUCCAUUCUCGCCAAUCUUCCACUUGCAUUCUACCACAUCUACACAUACAUCAAUCGUCCAGUGAUGUCGGGACCAGGAAUCUAUGACCCAACCACUAUUCUCAACCGUUCUACUCUCUCCUCCACUCUCCGCAUCUCGUGGAUCAAAUUGGCUUUCUACCUAAUCUCAUUCUUCUAUUAUCUCUACGCUAUGAUCUACACUCUGGUCACCGCCAACUAA